AUGCACAAACAUCGAGACCGCCGCAAUAAUUCCCAGUUUGGAUAUCUGGAGCUAAAGGAGGAACAAGUAAAAAAAAAUGCUGAGCCCACGCUAGUAUGGUGUUGUUGGUUUGUUAAACGCUGUGAAGUAAGCAUGACGCUAUCAAAGUUGGAAUCGAUGUUUGAUCUUUUGGGAAAACUCACGUCCAUUGAUAAAGAUCUCCCGUGGACAUCGCCGAAUUGUGACCCUUUCGGUUCCAUUCUUUCCUGUUUAGAAGAUCAAGAAAAAGUGUGUUCCCUGUUUCAAUCUAACUCAAGUAGCGAGUGUCCGGACACUAGGGUUCGAUAUGGUCACCUGAUUACGUCGGUGAUGCAUGAGAUUGCAGCCGAGCUAAGCGCUGUCAAGAAUAGAAUAUCCACAGAGCCUUCCCUUAUUUCUUUGAAGAAUUUGGCCACAGUGUCGUCCGCAUUCCAAUUUUUUGUCCUAGCAUGUGUUUCUCCAUAUUUGGAUCAAGGAGUUGGUAUCCCUUUGAAGUUGCGAUCUCGUGUUAUUAAAUCAUGGGAGAGGUGCACUAAUAAUUGGGAUUUCAGAAAAACGCAGCUUUCUUUUGCUGGAGAAUGUAUUUCUGCACUCUUUGACAGCAAUGACGUUAUCCGGGUGAACUUAAUGAGCAAAUACUGCUCGGAUAUUGUGUGCAUUUUUGAACAGCUGAUGUUAUUGGAUCCGUGCAACAACUUGAUUCCAGCUUAUAAGGACAUUUUAAGCAAAACCGAUCCCAAACUAUUGGUCUGCACAUUUGUAGGCCUGUUGAAGCCGAGAUCUGGAGUGAAUCCUCCAAAACAGUUUGCAAUAUCAAUUGGAUCGCAGUUGUCUGCCAUACUCGUAAGUAAAAAUGGACUGAGCGUCACCCUAUCAUCUUAUGAAGAGAUUAAUGGUGAGCAGUUCUGGGACAAUACCCCGCUUCUAUCCGCAUUGGCGAAACAACUCGCUCUACCACCGAGAAACAGCAUGAAGAUGUCGUAUUACAGAAACAUCGUUUCUCAGUUCACCCACAUCAUUACUAUUGGAGCAUUCUCUCGCAGUAGAGUUUCUACCUUUUUUUCUAUGUUCACCGAGGAAAUGCGUGGAAGAAAUUCUGUUGCUGCAGAUAUUUUUGUUGAUGAUGUGUUAUUCAAACCCUGGGAAGCAUUAUCCUUUUCCACAAAUCCUUCGUGGUCAGAUGAGCAUGAUAUUUCUCUUUGUUUGCUGAGACUAUGGAGCGAUGGAAAAUCUAGCUCUCGUCUCUUGAAAGCGAAUCCACGUUUCCUACCUUGUGCGUCUGCACUUUUGUCACUGCUCUCAGUUUCUGAUUUUGGUAAAGGAUGCUCAAACAUUAGUGUUUUCGACGACAUUUUCGCUACUUUAAAAUGUGCGUUAGAGGACGUUGAGAAUUUGUCUGAUUUCCUUCUUGCCUUCAUAUGCGAUACUUCUCCCUGUUUUGAACUUGUGCAGCAACGCAGUCUUGUUCAAGAAGUUGGUGGAAGAGCUUCAAUGUAUGGAAAAGUGACAUUAUCCCGGAUAUUUCUGAGUAGAGAUGAAUUACUUGGGAGGCGGAUUGAUUCUUUAAUCACAUUUCUGAAGAAAUUGGGUAAACCAUUCUCCAGCAAACUGCUACUGGAAUUAGCAUGUAAAAGUGUCGAGAAGUGGAACGAUGAUGCUUUACGAAGCGCUCCCCGCUUUAUUAGCGUGGAUGAAACUAACGUGUUGCCUAAAUCAUCGUGGCACUUCGUGGCUGGCGUGAUUUUUGAGCAACUGCAAGAUAGCGACGUUGAUUGUAACGAUAAAAACACGAUAUUAUCACUACUGAAGUUGAUUCAGGAAAUUUUGCGAUCAGUUAUACACUAUCUCGAGCAGCGCCAGAAAGCAUUUGAUUGUUUGGAUAUUGUCGCCGCAGAAAGAGCUGUUGUUAUGGCAGCGCAGGCUGAUAAACAGAUCUCUUCGGCAUUUUCGGAGACGUGUAUUGUUCUUUUGUCGUUUUUCGAUCUUGUAUCUGGUCUGAAACAUAAAGAUGAUGAUCUACUGGUGUUGGCAGCAGAUGCUCAUAAGCUAGCCUCUUUAUUCGAAAAGGAUCGUGAAUCAAUAAUUGUGCUCUCUCCCUCUACGAACCAACCAUUGUACUAUUUUGGGGAGAAUUCCAUCAGUGUCCUCGACUCUAUCCGUCACCGCCUUGCUGAAGCCUCUCCUGUUGACCGUGGUGGAGCACUUCUUGAUGUGGGGCGCCUCAUACGACUUCGGAAUGCUACAGUCUUAUUGCAGCUUGAAGAGUGGCUUUUUGAAGAGAUGAAAGGCGCUCUUUUUGACAGUGAUUCGUAUGUGUAUCUUGCUGCUAUCAACGCUCUAGCGGAGACGGCUUGUUACAAUACGAAAUAUUUGAGCGAAAUGAUUUCAUUAUUUAAGAACUUCGCUGAAAUCUCCACUUCAUCAGAAUCCAAGAGUGAAAUUGAAGAAACAGUGGCAAAUGAACCAGAAAAAGGAGACUCAGUUCACAUUGAUGUUGCUGUUCGUUCUCGACUCUGUGAAGUAAUUGGGAAGGUUUUCCGUGAGUUAGGAGAUAUGAGUCCUGUCUGGAUCGAUAAAUGUGCUGGCGUUUUCUUAAGCUGCUUCUCGGAAGAGGAUGAGAUCUUAAGGGCUAGUGCUUCGCAAUGUCUGGCUGAAAUCAUUUUAGCUUGUCACGGACGAAACGUGGAGAAAUACUUGAAUGAGAUCUUUUUCAUUGUCGAAAACACUCUCAAUUCCGAUCUCAGUGCUUUGUUGAGGCGGUCGGUUGUGAAUCUUCUCCGUCAAAUCAUCAAGUCCUGUGACACAAAAAUAUUAGAGAUUGUUGGUCCCCGUCUACGAGAUCUGCACAGAAAGCUCGUCCACUUAUGGCGUUUUGAUGCUGAUCACGUGGUGCGAUUACAUGCAGAGCUAGCUUUGGACGAACUAAAAGCUGCCAUAAAAUGUACUGUUUUAGAAGAAACCACAAGUAUUCGAUGUUAA